AUGCUCCUCGUCAGCCUCGCGGUUGCUGACAAUCAGGAUUGUAAGCGGGACGGCACGGGUAACCAGGACCGCGACAGGAAGCGCGACGGCUCGUGCGCCAAAUCCGGCACGUGCAGCGGCGGCAAGAACGGCGGCAACCCCGGUGGUCGCGGCGGCAAUGGCGCUGGGAGGGGGAAUCAGGGGAAGAAAGGCACGGGGACUUGCAACAAGAGCGGCAGCGCGAGUUGCGACGGCAGCGGGCGGAAGAACGCGGUGAUGGCAAGCUCGAAUGCUGCGGUGGCGGCUGCUGACGUGGACGUGCAGGCGUGUGACGGGGCGAAGCAGGCGGGGAAGCUGAUGAGCGGAUUGCGGAAGAGCGGAUUCAACAAGUUCGCGGCGGCGCUGCAGCAGACAGGCCUGGCGGCGGAGUUCCCGGAGGUGAUGUGUGCGGGCGGGGUGACGCUGCUGGCCAUCCCCGACGCGCCCAUGGGGCAGCUGCCCCCUUCAGUGCGAGGGGACCCGGUGAUGCUGAGGGAGCAGCUGCUGCUGCACGUCGUCAAGGGCGCCCGCCCCUACUCCCGCAUGCAGGCGCGCGGCAAGAACUACAAGGUGAGAAGCAAGCACCACUGGCGUACAUUCAACACCAAAUUUCAGCACCACUGGCAAGCACCUUUGUUUGUGUGCCGCUCUUUUUCUGACAACAAUCCCUCGCCCUGUUCUCUCCCCCGUUGCCCACCUCUCUCCUUUCCAAACCCACUCUCUCCCCAACCUCUCGCCCCUCUCUCCCAAACCCCACUCUCGCGCCCGCAGUUCGCCUGUGCGGCGGGGGCGGGGGCAGGGCGGCUGGUGAAGGCGAGCCAGGGCAGCGCGGCGCUGGUACUGCGAGUGGGCAGGGGGUGGGGGCAGGCAGCAGCCGUGACGCGCCCCGAUGCCUUCCGGUGCACGGGGGGGGCGGUGCACGGAGUGAACUGCGCGCUGGGCUUGGGGCGCAUGGGCAGGCCGGGCAGGCGCGUGCCUCUGGGGCAGUGCUUGCGCAACGGCAGGGAUGAGGAUGAUGACUAG